AACUUAUAUUUCCAUCUAAUCCUCCUUUUUUUUCCUCACUCUUUCUCUUCUUCCAUACAAAAAAAUUCCAUUAAAAAUAAAAUCCUUGAAUACCAAAUUUAACCAAUCGAAUUUUCAAUCUUGCGUGUGUAUACCUUCGACAAAUGCCAGGAACUAUACAAGUUUCAGUUCUGGGUCUUAUUGAUGUUCACACAUCUUCUCCAAGCUCUUCAAACAUUUCCAUUAAAGUUGCUAUGGGGAAGCUAGAGUAUCGAACUUCAGAUUCAGGAGACUACAUUUUUCCAGUUACGAGGCUCCGAGAAAAUUUGAUUGUUACUCUUUUAGAUGUCAAUGGAAACCAGAUAUUACACAAAGAGAUAGAGACCAGAAUGAUAAUAGAGAAUGGUUUCUUGGAAGAGAAACUUUCAUUCAAUGGCUAUGGAAAUGUACAAUUGAAAAUGCAGUUUGUUCUUAGUGAAGAAGAUCGAAAUCGCAUACGUUUUCUGAGACAAUCGGCAUUGCGAAAGAAGCACGAGGAGCUUGUCAAUGGCAGUUCUUUUACCAAAUCUAAGAGCAUUGCUUCAGAUUUGUCUUCUUUAAGUUCAAUGCAAACCCGAGACAUAGUGGCUGUUGCUAAUCCAAAGACAAAUCUUGGUCUGUCUCAAGAAACCGAGCUUAAAAAUAAUGCAGAUAGAGAUACGGUUUCGUCAAAUCUUAUAAUGUGGAAGCCUGAAGUAAAAGAUACAGUUGAGAAGACGAAAAUUCAACAAUCUUCUUCAGAUGUUUCUUCAAGCAAGAAGCUUACAGAGCAAGAAGAUAAGGGUUUGAGCAAACCAAGCAAGAAGCUUACGGAGGCUAAAAACCCCGAGUGUGUAUCGUCAGUGAAGCAAGAAGAUACAGGUUUGAGCAAACCGGAAAGAAUUCCUAAACGGAAGUCAAUGAGGCGGAGUAUGUCAGAUACAAGUUUGAACAAUGUGCGGAAAAUGAUUAGCAACUUUGAGGUCAAAGUUACUCAGGAUACCAAAAUUCGGACAGCAAAGAUUCAAACUGGUUCUUGUAAAGAUGCAGAGGAGAAAACUAAGGCGCAACCACAAGCGGAAAGCACUGUGAAUCUAGAGAAACCGGAAGAAAGUAAGAUAACAAGCUUUGAGAAUAUGGAGAAGUCAGUGUGUAGAGAUAAAACAGAUAGAUGUGAUGAUAUAGAAAUAGUUUCAGGAGAUGAAAGGUCAAUAGUUAUAGAGGAGAAGAGUCUUGAACAGAGCACUAGAAGAAGUGACUUGUUGAGUACGCAAAGACGAAGUUCGGUGGUAGAAGUAAGGGAUGUUGAGAAGAAACCGAACAAAUCUGUGUGUUUGAAAGAUUCUCAACUUGAGAAUGCACGAGGAUCUCGUCUCUGGAUAUUUCCAGAUGAGGCAAAGGAUUUGUCUUGCGAAACAGAUUUAGGAACAAGACAUUUGGAUUUAGCAGAAGCAAAUAUGUUACAGAAAAGGAUAGAAGAGUCUACUAGGGAAAACAUCGGUGAGAGGGGAUUCCGCUGCAUAAACAUCGCGAAAAUAGAUAGUAACAACAAGUGGAAGAAUAUAGAGCGAUCAAAGAAACAAAAGUCGGAGAAUUCUGCAGAGUCAGAAAGUUCAGGACGACCUGUUGGACAAGUGAUGCGUGCGUUGAUCGUGGCGGGUUUUGCAGGGUUAGUGUUUUUGACACGACAAAGAACUUAAACAGAUGAGUUAAAGCUGCAUUUGAGAUGGUAUUAUUGGAUUCUUUCAAAAAUAGUCUCUUAUACAUGUAUUAUUGCACAUAAUAAUAGUUUUCAAUAAUAUGCUUGUUGGCCA